GAUUGACAGCUGCUUUCAGACUCUAAAAUGGAGAAUGACUGGAGUGAUGCGAGUAGCUUUACAACAGAGCUGUCAUUUGAGGUCGAGGACUUUUCUCCCCCACCUUCACCUGAAGUGGAGGAGGGUGAAUUGUCUGUAGACACAGCAGGGCCAGAGCCAUAUCAAUUCGAGCCGCUGGCUCAAACUGCGGUCUUAACUCCCGAAACGCGAUCAGCGUCCGACGAUGCUAGCGAAGCAGCCACGCAAGGGAGAAUGGGGCCAGUGUCUGAGUGGUGCACCUGUGGGCACUGCAGCUCACUAUCCCUGGUAGAGAAUGUGUGUUGUAGGGAGAUACCAAAGGUAGUACACAGGUGUGACCAGAUUGGUGGAGUGGGCUGUAUAACAGCACAUCCAGGCUUUGAGCCAGUAGCACUAAACCCCUAUGUGUUACAGGCUGUAUAUGGCACUUACGUCCAGUUAUAUGGUGAGAUGGGAGAGACAGUUACCAACAGCGCUUAUAGACAUCUUGCAUAUCGCAAUGUCGUUAGGUGGUGUUGGGGGUACCUUGGCCAACACAUUCGAGUGGUCAUACCUUCAUGCGUGGUGACACGAAUAAGGGAAGAGUUUCCUGAAGAAGGACCAUACAGAGGUUUCCUUCCCCCGCUGCAUUUUUAAUUUUUUUUAAAU